UAGCCUAUGGAGCACUAGGUCCGGUCGAAAAAUCGAGGAUUGUUGGAAAUGCUCCGAGACUUUGGAGUCCCUUAACAUUUGUUGGAAUAGAAGUCCAUGCAAAAAUUGGGGUACAAAUUCAUUGUGUAGGCCAAGUUAUUGUCCUUCCCGCCUCUCGUCCCAUGGCACGUGGCCUAUGGCCUAUGGCCUAUGGAGCACUAGGUCCGGUCGAAAAAUCGAGGAUUGUUGGAAAUGCUCCGAGACUUUGGAGUCCCUUAACAUUUGUUGGAAUAGAAGUCCAUGCAAAAAUUGGGGUACAAAUUCAUUGUGUAGGCCAAGUUAUUGUCCUUCCCGCCUCUCGUCCCAUGGCACGUGGCCUAUGGCCUAUGGCCUAUGGAGCACUAGGUCCGGUCGAAAAAUCGAGGAUUGUUGGAAAUGCUCCGAGACUUUGGAGUCCCUUAACAUUUGUUGGAAUAGAAGUCCAUGCAAAAAUUGGGGUACAAAUUCAUUGUGUAGGCCAAGUUAUUGUCCUUCCCGCCUCUCGUCCCAUGGCACGUGGCCUAUGGCCUAUGGCCUAUGGAGCACGCGUUUCGGUCGAAAAAUCGAGGAUUGUUCGAAAUGCUCCGAAACUUCUAAGUCCCUCAACAUUUGUUGGUAUAGAUGUCCAUGCAAAAUUUGGGAUUCAAAUUCGUUGUGUAGGCCAAGGUUUUGUCGUUCCCGCCUCUCGUCCCAUGGCACGUGGCCUAUGGCCUAUGGAGCACGCGUUUCGGUCAAAAGAUCGAGGAUUGUUCGGAAUGCUCCGAAACUUCUAAGUCCCUCAACAUUUGUUGGUAUAGAUGUCCAUGCAAAAUUUGGGACUCAAAUUCGUUGUGUAGGCCAAGUUAUUGUCGCUCCCGCCUCUCGUCCCGUGGCACGUGGCGUUUCGACGAUUAGUUCCGGUCGAAAGUCGAGAAUUAUUCGAAAUGCUCCGAAACUUUGCAGUCCCCCAACAUUUAUUGGAAUAGACGUCCAUGCAAAAAUUGGCAUCAAAAUUCGUUGUCUAGGCCAAGUUUUGA